CCGCCCAAAUUUGAAAGCGUCCAUAUUUGUUCGGUAUUUUUUACGGUGUCGCGUCUUUGGGUGUGCGGAAAAGCGUUUAUUUUUGACGUUUAAGACGAUGAACCCUUUCGAAGAAGUGUAUUUAAAAAUGUAUUUUUACGAGAACAGACUGAAAACGUUUGAAGGCUGGCCUUUCAACGAAGACUGCACGUGCACCCCAGAGAACAUGGCCAAAGCUGGCUUCAUUCACAUCCCUUCAGAAAACAGUCCGGACACUGCCAUGUGUUUCUUCUGCCUCAAAGAGCUGGAGGGCUGGGAGCCAGAUGAUGACCCGCUGAAAGAGCACAAGUCUCAUUCAUCAUCCUGUCACUUCAUCGCCCUGAAGAAAAAAGUAGAAGAGCUGACUGUGGAAGAAUUAUUAACUUUACAGAAGGAGAAGCACAAAUUAAUGCUUAAAAAGACUGGAAAUGAGGCCAUCGCCAAGUUUGAGGAGGCAGCCAAACUGAAAGGAGCAAAUAUCGUCAAGACGGCCAUGGGAGAGGAGUGACGGGGAAAACCACCUCAGAUAGUUGCCAUUUCAUUUGUGUUUGUUUGGCUGUAAAUAUUUUUAUUGCUUUUUGUUUAUUCAUUCCUUUUGAAUUUUCUUGUGGAUAUUUUGUUUUCUGUAGUUUAUUAUAUAAAGCUACAAGUCAUUUGAAAUGAGUUUGGAUUUCACAAACGGCAAAACUGCUUGGUA